AUGUCCGUCUCGCUCGACACGCAGACCAAGCUUGGGAUGAGCUUGGACGAUCUAGCGUCACACAGAGGGCGCCGCAUUCAGAGUGGCAUUGUGGGCAAGCGCUCCUCUCGCCGGAGUGCUCCGUAUAGGUUGCCUUCCCGAGAAAGAAGCCGCGCUCCGUCAAGGCACAUCGCCGCCGAAUGCCCAACAGAGCCGCUGUGCCGAAAUUGCAAGAAGCCGGGUCACAUUGCGAGCGAGUGCCGCAACGAACCCAUCUGCAACUUGUGUGGCAAGUCGGGGCACGUUGCCAAGGGUUGCAUCGUCCAAGAGACUGGCCUUCCCAAGUCGCUUCUGUGCAACAACUGCUACAGGCCCGGGCACUUGGCCGCCGAGUGCCCCAACGAAAAGGCAUGCAACAACUGCCGCCAGUCGGGCCACCUGGCGCGCGACUGCUCCAACACUCCCGUCUGCAACAGCUGCAGCCAGCCGGGUCACAUUGCCCGUGAGUGCCCCUACUCCUCCAUGCCGCCGCCAUCCUCCCGCGCCCUGGGAGCCUACUCCGAUAUCUUUUGCCGCAACUGCAAGCAACCGGGCCACAUGAGCAAGGACUGCAGGCAGGUGGUGGUAUGCCACAACUGCGGCGGCCGGGGUCACAUCGCCGUCGACUGCCCUUCCGACCCCAUGCUGGCGCGAGGAAUCAUGAGCAGGAGGCGCUGA